GAUGAACGGACGUGUGUGACGAAGCCUCCGCCAAGCAUACAAUUAACAAUUGUCCAGAUAAUCUUGACCAUUAUGGGUGGACCCGAUAGACCAAGACGAGGAAAGGGGGGAUCGUUGGCCGAUAACUCCCCUAAGCCCAAGCGUCCCUCUCCCGCUGACAACUCUGCUGCCCAAAAUGACGACACUGACGGCGACGACUCCACACUAUCCAAUGCUAUCCAAGCAGCCAUCAAUAAACUACUCACCAAUGAGAAUUUUAUAUCUAAGCUGGUUUCGGCUAUCAAGACAAAGCUGCUGGAUGAGAUAUGUGAAUCUCUGAGAUCGGAAGUGAGAGACUCGUUGAAAUUUGACAUUGACAACGCCAACGACAAAAUGGCGUUGCUCGAAAAACGAGUAGAUGUCGUCGAGGACGCCAUGGACGAAGCAGAGCAGUACUCUCGAAGAAACUGCCUAAUCUUUGCUGGUAUCAACGAGACGCAAGACGAGGACGUGGAGAGGAAAAUAGUGAACAUAUGUAAAGAGGACCUCGGGGUAACCAUCAAUGAAAGCGACGUCGACAGAUGCCACCGACUCGGGAGCCCAAACAACAAAGGACAGAAAACUCGCAAACAACAUCGGGACGUCAUCGUAAAAUUCACGAACUAUCGGAAGAGAGACUCCAUCUACAAGGCUAGAUUCAACCUGCGAAAGUCAUCGAGUAAGUCAAAGCAUAUUUAUAUCAAUGAAAGCCUAACACAGAAGCGGAAUAAACUAUAUUGGAAAGUCAAGAAAAGUCUCAGAAGCAAUGAUUACAAACUCUGGACACAAGAUGGUAAAAUAAUUGUCAAAAAACCAAACGGCGAAAAGGUGUCUAUUGCCAGUGAAAAGGACCUGUCCAAAGUAAACUGAACACUCGAACUCUAUACAGACUGUCAAAGCUAGAGGGCUCUUUUGUAAAGCAGGCCUUUGGGCUCUGAAAGGACUACCCUGUUUUUAAAUAAAACUGAAUAAAUAAAUA